AUGGAGGGUCUCAAGAUCGACGAAAAAGGAGAGCCCAGGUUACUCCGGUCCUACACGCUCAGACUGGUCGGCGACUGGGGCGGAGCCAACUUUCACCGGAUCUGCUCGUGGCUCACGCAGGAGUUCUGUGAUCGAACCGGUCCCGGAAGCCGGUCGGCGAUCUGGAGCCUACGAGACGGAGGCCUAGACGGGUUGAAGCAGCUCAAUGAAGGAGCCGUCGACCUGGCCAUUGCUACACCAGCCGCGCUGAUGCGACGAGCCCUUACAGGUGACAGCCCUUUUACGACAGCGAUGCCGCACUUGCGUGCCUUGGGCGUGCUCCCCCAGAACGACCGGAUGGUACUCGCUGUCGACCCGAAUUACGGCAUCAAAACGUACGGAGAGCUCCGGGAACAAAAACCAGCCCUGCGGAUCGCCACCUCGGUCGACGACGGGACCAACUUUAUCGGAUACGUCGCCAACGAGUUCUUGAAUGCCCACCAGAUUUCAAAAGCCACUGUGGAGGCAUGGGGAGGGGUCUUCCUGACAGCUCAAAGGCCAGAGCAGUGUGUGGCGCUAGUCGAGGAAGGGAAAGCGGACGCUCUUCUUCAAGAAGCCAUCAUGACACCAUGGUGGAGCGGACUGAUCGAGAACAAUAGACUGAUACCGCUACCAGCUGAACCAGGCGCAUUGGAGGUGCUGCAACAAUCUCUUGGGCUAGGAGCGAACUCUCUCCCCUCCGGCUUUUGGAAGAACUUGACCCAGGAUAUCCCGGCGUUGGAUUUCUCCGACUUCGUCAUCUUGGUUAGAGACGACAUGCCGAAAGAUGUGGCGUAUCUUCUUGCCUGGUGCCUUGUGGAGACGAGGCACAUGAUCGAGGGACAAUACAAGCAUCUUCCCCCCGAGAAGAGCCCGUUGAGUUAUCCUCUGGAACCGAAAAAGAUAGCACGCCCUCCGAUUCCGCUCCACGAGAGUGCAAGGGGGUAUUACUCCAAGGCAGGCUAUAUAUAG